ACGAAUGGCAACGGCGGCGUAUGGAGAUCCUUCUCACUUGUGGAUGGAGUUGCGGAGCUGCUCACAGGGCGCCACGCACCUCCCGGACAGCCACCCCCGGGGCCGGGUGUCACAUCUGCCGGCUUUUAGCGACACGAACCGAGGGGAAAACAAUCAAGGAAGACGGUCUCUGUAAUCUUGUUUGGAAAUCCUGGUGGAGUUUCUUGGCUAGCUCGGACGGCGAACAAGUUUCAGAGCAGCGAAUAAAAAGCUUAAAACUGUUUUAAUAAUUUUUGGAGUAAUUUAAAAGAAGACAUCUUGCAGAGAAGAGCUUAUAAGGGUUUCUACAAAGCCCCCCCCCCCCACCCUGACUCUCUAAGCUAUUCUCAGGAACUCCUUGUAUUGGAAGGGGAGCUCGUCAGAUGUGUACCCAGCCUUCAGGUUCCCUGUCCUGGCUGCAGGGAUGGCAGCAUCUGCCUUAAACCGUAACAGCCUUGGAAUCAUGAACGGUGGUAAUCAGUUUCACACCCAGCAAGGUUCCACUGGUACCAGCUCCCGAGAUGGCUCCCAGCUCCCGGUUGGCCGGCCGGUGCUGCCGGUUCCAGAUCGGGGUACCUACUGCCAGCUGCUGGGCAGGGGUCUAAUCAGCUCAACCAGCCCUAAGGGAUGUACAGGCGACACCCUCGCUGUCGCCCCUCGCGCUCGAUCCCCUUCGCCGCGGUGCCCAGAGCUCCUCGGCGUCAACGUGGGUCAACGAGUCAGGCGGCUGAGCUCGUCCGGAGCUGAGGAACGGGAUGAGGAGGAAGAGUCGGGAGCAGCGGCAGGAGGUGGAGAGAAGCAAGAGGAGAGGAGACGCCAAGCACAACUCCUGCAGAUUCACAAAGAGCUGCAGAACGUGGAGGUCAAAGGAAAAGUGGGCCUUUUCGAGGCCCACAUUUCUGGGAUGCGUGCCCACGUGCUUAAUACCGAGCUUCAACGCAGCCCUCGCUCUCUGAGACGAACGGUGGGAGGCCAAGUCCCGCCCCGUCCUGGCCAUCACAGCGCAGAUCUCCAAUGCUCAGUGACCCGGGCCCACCAGAGUCAAGUCCCUCCUGUUUUCCAAAAUGGGAAAGAAGGGGAGGACGAGGAAGGAGAAAGUAGUGUUAUUAAAAUAAACUACUGUGAAGCAAAGACAUUGUGUGGUCAGAAUGGUGGCCAUUCAGAAACAAUACAAACUCCCUCUCUAGAUGGGCCGCUUCUUGUCCACGGACCCCAGGAGACCUCGGACGCGCAGGCAGCCAAAGAUGGAGAGAUAAAAGAGGACAGCGGGGAGAAGGAAAAUAAACAAACACCAGCAGAUGACGGAGAUUCAAAGGAGAGAGAAAUGAGAGAAGGACAACAGUCGGGUCUUGAGGUGCUGCUCCAGACUGAGGCUGACAUGCUGGAAGCUAACCCAGACACCGCUACUUCACCUGGGCUUCAAAGCAGCCAGAGCCCCCCUUGUUUGCUGGACCAUCCCACUCCCGCCGUCCUUCCCUCCAUCCCCGCCGUCAUCAUCACAGACCACGGUCUAGAAAGCCAUCCUCAAACGGCGCAUCACGGGGGAACCCCGGGUCCCAAUCCUAGUCUCACGCUCCAAUCGAACGCCUCAGUACGCUCCCUCAGGAAGCUGUCCUCCUCCUCGGCAUCCUCCGCAGGGUUCUCCUCGUCUUGGGAAGAGUCGGAGGAGGAUAUUUCCAGCGAUACGGAGAGAGGGGAGCAGCUUCUCAACCCAGCGCAACUCACUUCUCAACAGAAAGCACACAAGUCAUGGAAGAAGAUCAAGAACAUGGUCCACUGGUCUCCAUUUGUCAUGUCCUUCAAGAAGAAAUAUCCCUGGAUCCAACUGGCAGGGCAUGCAGGGAGCUUCAAGGCUGGAGCCAACGGCCGCAUAUUAAAAAAACACUGUGACUGCGAGCAGCGCUGUCUGUCCCUGCUGAUGAGGGACGUGCUUUGCCCCUAUGUCCCCGGUUACCAUGGGGACGUCGAGAAGGACGGCCAGAAGUACAACCAGAUGGAGGACCUGCUGGCCGAGUUUGACUACCCGUGCGUGAUGGACUGCAAGAUGGGAGUCAGGACGUAUCUAGAGGAAGAGUUGACCAAGGCCCGUAAGAAGCCCACCCCGAGACCGGACAUGUACCAAAAGAUGAUCGAGGUGGACCCUGAGGCGCCGACGCCCGAGGAGAAGGAGCAGAAGGCCGUGACCAAGCCCCGAUACAUGCAGUGGAGGGAAACCAUCAGUUCCACAGCCACGCUUGGCUUCAGGAUAGAAGGAGUCAAGAAAGAGGACGGGACGGUGAACCGCGACUUUAAGAGGACAAAGACGCGGGAGCAAGUGAUGGCAGCUUUCCAUGACUUUGUCAAAGGCAACAAGGACAUAGUGAACAGCUACGUAGGCAGGCUGAAGGAAAUCAGGGACACCCUGGAGAUCUCACCAUUCUUCAAAACUCAUGAGGUGAUUGGCAGCUCCUUGUUGUUCGUCCACGACAGCAAGGGGAGGGCCAAAGUGUGGAUGAUUGACUUUGGGAAGACCACCGCUCUCCCGGAGGGAGAGGAGCUAAACCACCGUACGUCCUGGAAGGAAGGAAACAGGGAGGAUGGCUACCUAAUCGGAUUGGAUAGUUUAGUGGACAUCAUUUCUUGCAUCUUGGACACUGAAACAUGAGUUGUUUUUUUUUCAGACACACACAUUCUUGCCUUAUACAUCAGACCUUUAAUGUGACAAAAUAUUCAGCAAACUUGUGAAAGCGUUAAUGACUAGGUUAAACUUUGGCACACCCCAGUGGAAGUCUGAGGAAAGACAAGCUCGUUUUUAGUGACAUAUUGUUCGUAUAACACACAGAAGACCACUCCGGCCAUUGUUUUUUUUUAAGUAAAUUCCCAGCUAUUUUUAUGCAUAUGUAAAAAUAUGUAAAACUACAGAAAAUAGAUUAAGCCUGAAUUUUAGAAACAUGCAUGAGUACAGUUCCCCUUGUUACAAAUUGGUCAAGCGUGCUUUACCUCAUCAUUUUAGCAGUUAGUGGAGCAAGAUGCUAAUUAGCUAACACAAGUGCUUCCCUUCUCUCUUGGGAUUUGUUCAAACACUGUACAGUAACUUUUUUUUUAUUUGAACAUGAUUUUAGUGCAGUCCAGUCCUGCUGAACACUUUACCUGGCGUGAGAGAUCUUAUUUAAACUGUAGUGCCUUGACGGGCUUACCCUCAUUUGUCAAUGAUGGGAUGGAUUAUCCUCCCAUGUCUUAUAGUGUAUUUUAUUCCCCAGUCUUAAAUGAGUGCAUGUUUAUUUGCAUCUUAAAGGUGGUUAUUGACUUUGUGCUUCACUAUUUAUAACAUAUUUGCUUUUGGCAUGACACUGCAGGGUGUUUUUUGUCUCCAAGGGUGUGCUACCGUCCUAUCUCAUUGCAAUCUGGCAACAUGGUGUUGUAAAGCUUACUCUACUACAAAUUUGUGGUUUUUUUUUGCUGUUUGUUUUUCUCCCAAGCGGUAUUGUGCAAUCUGUACCUUACGGUGCAGUUUUCCUGUUUAAAAGCCAGGAGUGUCAUGUAGCAGCUGGAGAGACGCGCGACUUGUUUUUGCUGCCCUCGUGUGGCCAAAAAAAGAAUACUCCAGGGAAUCCCAGCAGAAGUAGUCCUAUUUCCCGCUGGUUGUGCCUUAUUAACGCCUAGUGUUACGUAAAUGUUUGCAGUGGUUACACAGUAGUUGGAGCAAUGUUAAGUCCAUAGAGUGCCUUCUUUAAAAGUAUCAGUUUUGUUUUGCACACACUAAAAGGAAUUGUAAGCCCACAACGUUCAGCUAGCUUUGCUUAUGAAUUGUUUUGAAUCAUUUAACCAGUUGUCGCACCAAGUGGAUUCUGUUGCUCUUUAAGCUACGACGGAGAAUAAACAUCCCGAAAUGUUGCUGCAAUACCAAAAUUUUUGACUUAUGUCCCUUGAAUGUGCACUUAAAACUCUCUGUUAGGUAUUACAUAUGCUAUGGUUUUGCUGUUUGUAUAUUUAUUAUUAUUAUUUGGAUGGUUUCUUUUUAAAAAAUGGUGACAGAAGAUGUGUAUGUGUGUUUUAUUUCUUUCGGACCUUUGCAGAGUUUUUAUUUGAAUUGUGCAUAAACUAUUAACUACGUAAAAUACAAUGUGUAAUAAUCAUAAAAGAUUUUUAAGCAUAAUUUAAUUAUUUAAUAAAAUACACAUUUUAUGUGUAUUUUAAAUAUAUUUGAGAAAAGCAUUUUUAAUUAUUGUUUUCAGAAAAGUACUAGCCCAUAAUUAUGUUAAUAUUGUGUCUGAAAUUAGACUAAUAACUAGAGAAAGUGAAUGCCUGCAUUGUAGAAUCGCAUGACCGAAAUGCCGUUGAAUAUUGAAACAUAAAAGGUUGUAAAAAUAUAUAUAUAUAUUGUGUUUUUCAUAGUGUUUAUUCAACAAUAUUUCUCACUAUUCUUUCACCUGCAUCAUAUAGUAUCAGUAGAGUCGACUUUCAAGUCCAUUCAUAAUCCCAGUUGAGCAGGGAAAAACACAAUAAAAUAACACUUUAUAGGUGGAAUAAAGUUAAUUAAUUAAUUGGUUGCCUAUUUAAGCUGUUUUAUAUCUUUAGAAUGCUCAGAAAUGAAUGUGUGUUCAUGUGUUCUCAUAAGGAUUGU